UCGUCCAGCGUCAUCCUCAACCCUGAAGAUCAUUUGUGGAGUUCGUGUGAUGGAUCCUGAGCGGCUCAUCCCAUGCCCCUAUGACAAAAACCACCAGAUCCGAGCCUCCAGGUUCCCCUACCACUUGGUCAAAUGCGGAGAGAAUAACAAGAAAAGAGCCAAAGAGCUGGCCACGUGCCCCUACAAUGCUCGCCACAGAGUCCCAAAGCGAGAGCUCCAGCUGCACAUCUCCACCUGCACAGACAACAGGGCGCCAGAGCUGUUCAGUGGGACAUCAAUGACUUUCAGUCCCAAGCAGGAACUGAAAGAGACUCCAAGAUCCUGGCAGUGUCCCCCCUGCCAAGAGGACUGGGAGGCAGAUGCAGAUGAGUCUGCUGCCAGUUCUCCUUUUGUUCUUGGCUUCAAGGCAAAUUGCACCUUAAGCACAAGUCAAAGUCUUGGUGAGGCAGGCCAGGAUGGAAACCAGCAAAUGCAGGCCGUGAGCACCUCAGCAGCAGCAUGGACUCCGAAGGGUCACUCCUGGAGAAAUGGAUCUCUGUGAGGCUCUUGCUGUGGGAAAGAGCAGCCUGGAGAACAGUUGAAGCUUUUAAACUUGUAGAUUUCCCCAAUAGCCAUUUUAGACAUGUCCAGACUGAGAAAUAAAACUUCCCUUUGUAUCAAC